CUAGUCCACAGCUCCACCGACACCGAAACAGCAUCGUCCUUCACCGAGAACAACAUCGGUAGAAAAAAACGGAUCUAGUAUGAUUUAAGGGACGGCUUGGGUGUUGGCAGCACAAGGGAACGCCGUUAUCCUCUUCAUUUUACCUAUUUAUAUAUUGUUUUUUUUAUUUCCCAACGGAUUUCGAAUCCUCCCAGUAAUGGCUGGGGUCCAUGCCUCCGGCUGCUGAGCGGCAGGUGUAUUGUUGAGGACUUAUUUCUCAUUCAUUAUGUAUUCAACUACGGCGGAUACACAGGUCGGUAAGGACUGAACCGACUGCUACCGGAAUUGGAUGUUGCUGUCGCGAGGAAGGCAGUAGCAGGGUGCGUCGUUCCGUCCUCGAGGCUGCGGUGCAGCAGCAGCAGUGGUGGUCGGCUCGGGAGGGCGGUCUCUCUAUCCCCUUGUAAAUAGCUUAUAUAUAUAUAUUAUUGUGAAUAAAAAUGUCUCAAUACAGUUUAGUAGUUCAAGGUUAUAAAUCCUAACUGCCAAAAAUACCACCCAAAUGAUAACAAUCUUUGAAAUCGUUCGGAAUAUGGAAUGACACAGGAGAUAUUUAUUGAUGAUUAAUCAGAACGGAUUAUAAUUUCAAUGAGUAGUAUUUUCCCUUUCAUCUUGGUAAGCGUGUUUUAUAACUGUAGGCCUAUCUAAUCAACAUCAUCUCACAUCUGGAAUCGGACCCAGACCUAAUUUUGUCAAGAUGAUGGAAAUCGACGAGGUUGUAUAUCAGGACGACUAUGGCUCAGUGUCCGUUAUGUCGGAGCGGGUGUCGGGCCUGGCCAACAGUAUCUAUCGGGAGUUCGAGCGCCUCAUCAGCAGCUACGAUGAGGAAGUGGUCAAGGAGCUAAUGCCGCUGGUGGUGAACGUUCUGGAGAAUCUGGAUUCGGUUUUAUCGGAAAACCAGGAGCACGAGGUGGAGCUCGAGCUGCUGAAGGAGGACAACGAGCAGCUCAUCACCCAGUACGAGCGCGAGAAGGCGCUGCGCAAGCAGGCAGAGGAGAAAUUCAUAGAGUUUGAAGAUGCGUUGGAGGGGGAGAAGAAGGACCUGCAGACUCAUGUGGAGAGCCUGGAACUGCAGGGGAAACAGCUGGAGCUCAAGACCAAGAACUAUUCUGACCAGAUCACGCGUCUGGAGGAGCGUGAGUCAGACAUGAAGAAGGAGUACAAUGCUUUGCACCAGCGACACACAGAGAUGAUUCAAACAUACGUGGAGCAUAUUGAGAGGUCCAAGAUGCAACAGGCAGGGAACAACAGCCAGUCAGAAGGGCCAGGGAGUGGACGAACUCAACGCCACGUGUGGAGGAAAAGCAAGGUGGAGCGUCCCCCGUCAUUGAGCUUGUACCCCAGUGGAGAAGGCAUGGGAAUGGAGGAUGGUUCCGAGUCGGACUCGGUGGCGGCCACGCCCAGUAGCACAGGAAGUAAGUCCAACACGCCCACGUCCUCCGUCCCUUCCGCCACCGUCACGCCCCUCAACGAGGGCUUCCUACCGCCCGGCGAGUUCGACCCAAUGCAUGCUGUAAGCCGCGGCAGGAAGAGUACUAAACGCCUCAGCAGAAACAUGGAGGUGCAGGUCUCCCAGGAAACCAGGAACGUCAGCAUUGGUAUGGGUAGCAGUGACGAGUGUUCAGAAUUCCAAGAGAUCAUCGAUUCCACCCCAGAGCUGGAUAUGUGUGUGGACCGUCUCUAUGGUGGAGGAAACAGUCCUUCCUCAGGGGCAGGUUUGAACGAGGCAUUUGGUAUCAACACAGACUCCCUCUACCAUGAGAUCAAGGAUGCCAAGUCUGACAUAAUCGGGGAUGUUGACGCCGGGGCGGAGCUUCUAGGGGAGUUCUCAGUCCGUGAUGAUUUUUUCGGGAUGGGCAAGGAGGUGGAGAAUCUGCUGACGGAGAACAAACAUCUUCUGGAGACCAAAAAUGCUCUGAACAUCGUGAAGAACGACCUAAUAGCCAAAGUGGAUGAGCUCUCUGGGGAGCAUGAGGUGCUGAGAGAGGAACUGGAGGCCCUUAGGACCACCAAGAACAAAGUAGACACAAAGGUUAAAGAACUGGAAGAAGAGCUGAAGAGGUUGAGAGCAGAAGCUCUGAUUCUGGGAGCAUCUCAGGACUCCAAGGAUGAAGGAGGAGAAGAUUACUCGUCUCCGAUGGUGGAUGGAGAUGUGACUAUGACGCAGCGUCGGCGUUUCACGCGGGUAGAGAUGGCCAGGGUCCUGAUGGAGAGGAACCAGUACAAGGAGAGACUAAUGGAACUACAGGAGGCCGUCCGGUGGACAGAGAUGAUCAGGGCAUCCAGGGAGAGUCCUCAGAUGCAGGAGAAGAAGAAAUCCACCAUCUGGCAGUUUUUCGCCCGUCUGUUCAGUUCCUCGGCCAGUCCCCCGCCAGUCAAGCGUCCGUACUACAGCGUCAACAUCCACUACAAAUCCCCGUCCCCUGCAGGCUUCCCCCAGAGACGCAGCCACACCAUGUGUCAGAUCUCCACCUCAAACCGAACCCUGGAGUUUUUCCCAGAAGACGACUCUGCGCUGUCGGCUCGUCGUGAGCAGCGCCGGGAACAGUACCGGCAGGUCCGAGAGCACAUGCGCCGCGAUGACGGCAUUAUGCAGGCCUGCGGCUGGAGCGUACCGCCACGCUUCAAACAGACUGGUGCUCAGCUGGACAGUGCACUGGAAGGCCCGCUGAAGAAACAACAGGCCAAUGAGAAGGAGGACAACCGCAUGAAGAAUGUCCCUGUUCCUGUCUACUGUCGCCCCCUAGUGGAGAAGGACCCCAACAGGAAGUUGUGGUGUGCGGCGGGCGUGGACCUGGCGGGUUGGAAGACGUGCACUCAGGAUAUUAUGACAGUAAAGGCUGGCCCCGGCAACGGCGUUACGAAUCCUCUAGCCAUAGAGGAGGGAGAGGGAGYAGACGGCAAGAGCAACCACAGCUCACCAGAGAAGAGAAAGUCUAAGGAGCUCCAUGAAACAGACACUAUGAGUAGCAGAGUCUGGAUCCUGACCAGUACCCACUCGGCCAGCAAGGUGGUCAUCAUUGAUGCCAACCAGCCCGGCUCGUUGGUCGACCAGUUCAACGUCUGCAAUGCCCACGUGCUCUGUAUCUCCAGCGUGCCAGCGGCCAGUGAGAGUGACUACCCGGCGGGUGAGAUCAUGCUGGACUCUGGGGAGGGUGGUGGUGAGGAGACAGGCGGGGUGGAGGGCAUGCUAGCAGGCAUCACCCUGGUGGGCUGUGCCACCAACUGUAGCGUGGUCCGCAGCAACUGCUCCUCGCGCACCGACACACCCGUACUGGACCGGGGGCAAGCUCCUACGGCUCCACCACUCAGUGGGAAGCUGCACCCGGCCCAGUCAGCAGAGGAGGCCACAGAGGCUACAGAGGUAGCUGAGCCGGCCGCCAGCGAGACAGACAACACCUUGGGACCUCCAGGGCCCUUCAUGGAGCACGUCUUCACAGACCCCCAGCCUCCGGUGGUUGAUGAUGGCCAAUACGACCGGUGUGCAGGCCAGUCAAAAGAGGAGUCUAACUCCCCACCCCAGGAGACGGAGGAUGGAAGCGACGACCCGAAAGCUGGAACCAGUGUCGCCCCCACCAUGUGGCUGGGAGCACAAAAUGGCUGGCUUUACGUCCAUUCGGCAGUGGCCAACUGGAAGAAGUGUCUCCACUCCAUCAAACUGAAGGACUCUGUGCUCAGUCUAGUGCAUGUGAAGGGUCGUGUGCUUGUGGCUCUGGCAGACGGGACACUGGCGAUCUUCCACAGAUCUGAGGACGGGCAGUGGGACCUUUCUAACUACCACCUGAUGGACCUGGGUAGACCACACCACUCUAUCCGCUGCAUGGCCAUGGUCCAUGACAAAGUGUGGUGUGGCUACAAGAACAAGAUCCACGUCAUCCAGCCCAAGAGCAUGCAGAUAGAGAAGUCCUUUGACGCCCACCCUCGCAGGGAGAGCCAGGUGAGGCAGCUGGCGUGGAUCGGGGAUGGGGUGUGGGUGUCAAUCCGUCUGGACUCCACGCUGCGUCUCUACCACGCCCUCACACACCAGCACCUACAGGAUGUCGACAUCGAACCCUACGUCAGCAAGAUGCUGGGUACUGGCAAGCUGGGCUUCUCCUUUGUGCGAAUAACAGCCCUUCUUAUUGGUGGAAACCGCUUGUGGGUGGGGACUGGGAAUGGUGUGGUCAUCUCCAUACCACUGACAGAGACGGUAGUACUUCAUCGGGGACAGCUCCUAGGUCUGAGGGCCAAUAAGGUGUCUCCGACGUCAUCCGGCGGCGUGGCCGGGGGUGUGAUUCAUGUGUAUGCGGACGACAACCCAGAGAAAAGCAGCGGCAGCUUCAUCCCAUACUGCUCCAUGGCCCAGGCUCAGCUCUGUUUCCAUGGACACAGAGAUGCCGUCAAGUUCUUUGUCUCUGUGCCAGGUCAGUUAGCAACGUGUGGCCACCCUAAUGGUAGUGUGCUGGACAGUCCGUCAGAGGGCCAGGGGUCCUCGGCACAGCCGGAGGCUGAGGCUCAGAGUGUACAUAAGUCCUGGUGCUGAGUGGAGGGAGGCUACAUCGACUUCCGCAU